AUGUCAACAGACAAGAGAGUUAAGAAGGAUACUCCACUCCCCAAAUCAUGGACGAUUGGCAUCGCUGGGUUUUCCGGCAUGUUUGGCUGGAUUUUCACCCACCCAUUUGAGAUGUGGAAGAACACUGUGAUGAUGGCCCCCAGCGGCGCCUCUCAGAUGGACUGCCUGCAAAAAGUGCGUGAACGCGGUGCGUUUAAGGGACUCUCCUCUGGUCUUCUUCGUCAGGUGGUGUACGCGCCGGCGCGGCUUGGGUGUUAUCCCAUCUUCCGCGAUGCUCUCAUCUCUCUGAAGGGCGGCCGCGGCGACGUUGCCCCGUCGUUGGCAGACCGCGCGCUGGCCGGUGCUCUCUCCGGGGCCUUUGCAAGUUUCCUGAGCUCACCGAUUGAAGUGUGUUUGGUGCUGCAAACCACAAGUGCGGCGAAGGUGACGGUGGUGGAUGCAGCAAAGCAGGUGUACACGGCAAAUGGUAUUACCGGUUACUGGCGUGGUGUUGGGGCCCUCGCCUCCCGUGCCGCCCUCGUUGGUGUUUGUCAAGUGGCUGUACACGAUCAAACAUUAACAUUCUUGCGUCGUAAGAACCUGGAACGGUCUGCACGAAAGGGAGUGGCUCCAUACGGAGAUAGUCUUGUUGUGAAUGCUGCCAGCAUAUGCACAGCCUUAUUCUAUUCUUUCUGCACAAUGCCUGUGGAGAUGGCACGUGUACGCAUGUCCGCUGAGGCACGCAAGGGUAAACUGCCCAAUGGUCAGGCGCCAGAGGUCAAAUACACGAAUGUUGUUCAAGCUAUUGCUCGCAUUGCCCGCGAAGAGGGCGUGUUAGUGAUGUAUGACUCCUUUUUACCAUACUUCUGCCGUUGCGCGAUGCACACAGUGGUUUGCUUCUUUGCGAUUGAGUAUUUGACAAGAAAUGCAAAAGCAUGGCGGGCUUCUAAAAAAGAUUCUGCGGAACGGAAUUGA